CUUCCUUGCCCACCUGUGAUGUGUUUCUUAUCACAUGCUUCUUGCCAAUGAGCACAGCCUCUUCAUUGACAGGAUACCGGAGAGGUGGGGAAAGGGACGAAGCUCUGUGUCAGGGUUCCCAAAAAUACCCCUAGCGAAAUAAAACUCCAAGGCAAUGAGCUCCUCAAAGUUACACUUUAUUAGAGAUGUCAUGUUGGCACAUCUGGGAAAACCCGAAUCGGAAGGUUCCAGGUUUUCCCCACCCAGUUGAAAGUUCACAACCCUGCUGCACACCCAGAAGUUCAUUGCAUGGUCCAAUCCAUCCUUCAGGCUCAACUGGAGACAAUCCCCAGUCACUCCCAUCCAGGUGCAGGCAAAUGUCCUUGUCUCCCAGAAGAAAGGAUGUUGUUAUGGCUAUUCUUCCACCACUCCUCCCAAUUUCCUAGACUAACAUAUUUGGCAGUCAGGAAGCUAAAAGAAAAACAAAAUGGCUUCCAAAACUGACACUCUGGGGAGCUCUCUCCCUCCCCCUCUCUGGGGAAUCCCAGGAGCUAAGAUGUGGUCCUUGGGAGGCCCUUGGCUCUGGGAAGGAAAAGUUCUCUUGGGCAGGAGGGCUUCUGUUGUUCGUAGACAUGUGUAUCAGCAAAGCCUUCUUUUAAGUCCCCAAAUGCUUGUCACAAAGCGCUGAUUGAAGCCGAGCUGGGCUGGCAGGAAGGCCGGAAGGAAUCGGACGCUGGGGAGAUGGAGAGCUCUCAAAGGCAGUUGAUGGAAGGAGAACAAGAAGACGUGGGAAAAGGAACGGAGAACAACCGGCUGCCAUGCAGGACUGAGUGGGAAUGAGCAGGGUAGAGGCCUCAAGAGAUCAUCCAGCCAAAUUCCACCCAAAACAUAAAAAGAAAAUAGUUGCCUCUCUGGAAGAUGCCUGGAAGGAGGAGGUGGAGGACAAAGAAGGAGGAUUCAGUGAGCGGAUUGUUCGAAGAGCCGUAAGGAAGUAUCCCGAAGAUGCUGGAGAUCACGUGGAAGCUGGCCACCGGCAAAUCUCCAUCCCCAUGGGCAGAGCUGAGGGUAGCUGUCCUGAAGUUCUGGCCAAAGGGACCCUGGCAGUGAUUGUGGCCGCCUUAGCCUUCUUGGGCUUCUUUUCCACUUCUGUCCUUCUGGUGGUGGCGGUCUGCGUCUUGCGGGUGGUGCAUAAGCAAAGGAAAACAGGGAAGGAAGGGAAAACCAAUUAUCCUUCUUCCAGAAGGCUUCUUCCUCCUAUCCCACCUCCUCGCCCAGAGCGUACAUACAUGAGCAUGAAGCCACAUGGCUCUGAUCGCCUCCGUCCAGCCACCCCGCAUACCACAGAGGACGCCUACCUGAGUGUCAAUGAGCUGAAUCCUGGUCCCAGAACCCAUCAGAAUCACCACUACCAGAGCUUAAGUGCAUCAUCGCCACCCAAGACCCCCAUGGAGAGGGAGUACAUAAUUCCCGAAAAGGUGCAGCCCUUUUCAAGCCCUCCCUCAGCAAAGAAGUAUGUGAAUGUGGAAGAGUCAGAGCCUACAGCUGUAACGGGAGGCUCCCCAGAGAUUGGGAUGACACCUCAAGGACGUGACAAUCACAUUUACGAAGAAGUGGAAUAGGAGACUCACCCUGGAGAUGGGCUGAUGCGCUGUAUGAACUUUUCCUCGGAGUCCUUGGGCUGCAAAGUGGCUCCUCUGGCGGGGACCAUGGGGACUCCCUUCCUAUUAAACCAUGCUUUAAUUCCUCUUA